AUGGGGGGUGAUGGCAGCGCUGCCAAGGGCAAGGCCAAGAAAAAGAAGAACAAGGCCAACCCCAAGGAGCGUGCGAGACAGAAGCGCAAAGCUGAGGCGAUCGAAGCCAAGCGGGUGCUGCCUUCGAACUACGAGACUGCUAGCCAUUCGCAUCUGGAGCUGCAGCGUGAUCUCAUCAGUGACCUCAAUGCCUUGCACAACACGUUGAUCGAAUUGCAGACCGCUUGCAAAUGGUAUACUGAGAAUGCGCCUCACUGGGUGCGGAAGAAGGCGCCGUUCCCCUUCCCUCACUUUCCAAGCUCUCCGAGCGUGUGGUAUUCGGCGAAGACUCAGAAGGACGCUCGCGGCAUUAUGUCUGGUCUCAUCGCCGAGGUCCACGGGGCGAGCAAUCUGGCCAAGCGUGGCUACGAGUUGUGCGUGUAUUACCACAAGAUGUUCGUGGAGCACAACCGCCACGGGGACGAGAAUCCGUUCCUUUCGUGGGUUCGUCCCCCAGCUGAACGGCCUAUGGACAAUGCUGAUGCUGCUGCUUCGUCUGGACCUCCGGCAGCUGGGUCUUCGGCUGGUGCUGGCUCUGGGUUGGCUGGAAGUACUGCUAAAGCUGCACCUGGUCCACGGCCGCGGCGGG